UACAGUGAUAUACCAAGCUUUUAUGGUCUUAAUUGAACCCCACACUCUCACUUUCCCUCAGAUUUUGAUUAUCUCUCUCUUGUGAAAAAGCCUUGAAGAGAGAGAGAAGACCCUUCAAUCUUCUUCAUGCCAAGUUGUUUCUAUGGAGGAUUACAACAGAUCAAGGUCUUAUGGAAAUAAGCAAAGGAUGGAGAUUGAGAGCUACUAUGGAGCACCAAGGCCUUCUUAUGAUAUCAGGUCCUACAGCGUUUCCUAUGCACAAACUCAAAUGGUUCCUAAUAAGGAUGUGAAGUUGAAGAAAGGAAAAAGCAUUUCCAACAAGUCUUGGAGCUUUGCUGAUCCUGAGUUUCAAAGGAAGAAGAGGGUUGCCGGUUAUAAAAUGUAUUCUGUUGAGGGGAAGGUGAAAGGUUCCUUCAGGAAGAGCUUCAGGUGGCUUAAGGAUAGGUACUGGAAAGUGGUUUAUGGCUGGUGGUGAUUUAGUUGCUAUUAUUUAUUUUGUUCACAGUUUGUAUUUCCUGUUUACAAAUUUUUGAGUUUUCUGUUCACGAGGAGAAUUUGUAGGUUAAUGGGUUAUGAUAAGUGUACUUGAGGUGGCUUAAGUGUUUGUUUAUAAAUUGAUGUUACUUUA